ACCCGUUGUGCGUCACAUCCGGCUAAGGUUUCCACAACAAUGGCGGCGAGCGGUCUGAAGCUCAAUUUGUGGGAGAAUGGACCCAAACCGGGCGCCUUUUACUCGCUCCGAAGCGGCAGCGACGAGCAGAAUUCAGCUGGUGGUCCAGUUCGACACACCCUGACCCCGAUGGUGACAGGAACGUCGGUGCUGGCGGUCAAGUUUAAUGGCGGAGUGGUAAUGGCGGCUGACAUGUUGGGCUCGUACGGCUCCCUGGCAAGGUUCCGGAACAUCUCCAGACUCAUGAAGGUGAACAACAGCACCAUCCUGGGCGCUUCGGGCGACUACGCUGACUACCAGUACCUCAAGCAGGUCAUCGAGCAGAUGGUCAUCGACGAGGAGCUGCUGGGGGACGGCCACAGCUACAGCCCCAAGGCCAUGCACUCGUGGCUCACCAGGGUCAUGUACAACCGCCGCAGUAAGAUGAACCCCUUGUGGAACACUGUGGUCAUUGGUGGCUUCUACCACGGACAGAGUUUUCUGGGUUACGUGGACAAGCUGGGCGUGGCUUACGAGGCCCCCACGGUGGCCACCGGCUUUGGCGCCUACCUGGCUCAGCCCCUGAUGCGGGAGGCGCUGGAGAACAAAGUCCACGUGAGCAAACAGGAAGCCCGCGAGCUGGUGGACCGCUGCCUCAAGGUUCUCUACUACAGAGACGCUCGCUCCUAUAACAGAUACGAGGUUGCCAUAGUAACUGAAGAGGGCGUGGAGAUCGUGGGCCCGCUGUCUUCUGAAACCAACUGGGACAUUGCGCACACUAUCAGCGGCUUUGAAUGAAUACCGAAGGGAGCCAGACUUCCACUUUCUCUGCGCUCAAGCAAAUGUUUCUUCUCACUUUUGUAUCAUUUCAAUAAAUGUGUUCAGUCAAA